AUGACUUGUCUACGAGAGAUGCACCUCGAGGAUUUGUUUAAGUUCAUUGCCUUGGUCUUUGAUCCGCUUACAGAAGUAUAUCGCCUUGGUUUCUUUAUGCGUCAUCUUGCCCAAUGGCCAGAACUGGCGGUGGCUGCCACAACGCCCGAUGACCACUUGGUGGGUUUCAUAUUUGGCAAGUGCGUGGACGGCUCAAAGGAUGACACUUUGCUGCACGGACACGUUUGUUCCUUGACUGUUUGCUCGUAUUAUCGCCGUCUUGGUAUUGCUUCGAUACUCAUGAACUAUUUUGCAUGGAUUUUGGAUCUAAGGAGUGCCUGGUAUGUGGAUCUGUAUUUGCGAUGCAGCAAUACUUCCGCCUAUAAUCUCUAUUGCUCCCUGGGCUACCAGAUGCGACGUAUUCUACUCGAAUAUUAUCCUGGUGAUCCGGAAGAAGAUGCCUACGACAUGAGAAAACCGCUGUCGAUUGAUGUAAAACAAUUAUCCUUGGCCUUGGCCAGCAGGCAUCCUGUACGCCUGCCCUUGGAUGAGGAUAGCGAUGACGAAUAUUAG